UUACUCUGCCAAUGCGAAGGCAAACAGCUGUCUAGAUGCGAAUUGGUACGUCAGCUCAGGCAGAAUGGAUUCCCCGAGAAUAAAAUGAGAGAUUGGGUAUGUCUGGUGGAAAGUGAGAGCUCUCGACGCACAGACAUCAUAGGCAAACCGAAUUACGACGGAUCUAGGGACUAUGGUCUAUUCCAGAUCAACGACAGAUAUUGGUGUAGUACAACUAAUAAGCCAGGAAAGGAUUGCAACGUUACGUGCAAACAGCUUGUGACUGAUAAUAUUUCGAAAGCUGCAACUUGUGCUAAAAAGAUAUAUCAGAGACAUGGCUUCAACGCGUGGUAUGGAUGGAAAAACAAAUGCCAAGGAAAGCCACUGCCUGAUAUAAGCUCCUGCAAGAAAUAAAUGUUAACUCUUAGUGCUUAAGAGCAAUAAACGUAUAUUUUAAUAAUCAAU